AUGCAAGUAUGUGGUGGAAACGGUCUCUGCAAAGCUCAAGAUACCUGCGAAUGUCUUGACCUUUCGUCUGGAAAUUACAUGCACUCCUCCAUCAAUGGAUCCAUCCCAAAAUUAGUACAAAUUUACAACCCACAAAAUGAUGAAUAUCUUAUUCUUCAAAAUGAUGGUAAUUUCGUUCUGUAUCAACGUGCUGGAUAUGCAGAUUGGGCACAAGGUUACUAUCCAGGUUAUUCGAAUUAUUACAUUAAAUUGGAUAAUAGUAAUGGAGCAUUUAAUCUAAAUAAUGGAAAUUCGAAUUAUCUUACAUUCUCUUCUGGUUGCAGUGGAGGUGUUAGUCCUUUCAGAUUGGUGGUUAGACCAGAUAGAAAUUUUAUGGUUUAUGAUUCAGUGGGGAAAAUUUGUUGGCAACAAUUGGUAUUCCCAUUGGCCGAAAGUGCAGUAAUGUAUGGUGGUGCUAAUUGUGAUAAGCCAAUGUGCUACUUGAAGGUUGGAAGUGCUGCAUGCAGUUCGAAGGGUACAUGUGUUUCGUAUAAUAAGUGUCAAUGUCAGGAUGGAUAUUAUGGAAGUGAAUGUGCUUCUGCUUUUACCUGUUUUGGUCAAAGUGGGAGUAAUGCUUGUGGUGGACCAUCCAGAGGUGCUUGUCUUUCCAAUAAUAUUUGCACAUGCAAACCAGGUUACCAUGGUUCUUCAUGUGAAAUAGCUUCCUGUUAUGGUAAAUUCCAAAAUGAUUCAAGUGUUUGUAAUGGAAAUGGACAAUGUGUUGCAGCAGAUACUUGUUCAUGUAAUGCUGGAUAUGCUGGUUCUAAAUGUGAAACUCCAAUUUGUUAUGGUAAACUCAGUAAUAAUGCAAGUGUUUGUUCUGGAAGGGGUAUUUGUCUGGCUCCAGAUUCAUGUUAUUGCCAGAAUGGUUAUGCAGGUUCUGAAUGUAAUCUGCCUGUUUGCGAUGGUAAACUCAGUACAGAUCCAACAGUUUGCUCUGGACAUGGAUCUUGUGUCGCUCCAUACACUUGUGUGUGCAGUACUGGAUAUGGUGGUAUCAAUUGUAGUCUUCCUAUUUGUUAUGGAAAGCUCAGUAAUAAUGCAAGUGCUGUUUGUUCUGGACAUGGAGCUUGUAUUGCUCCUGGUGCAUGUUGGUGUUUGAACGGUUAUGCAGGUGUUCAAUGUAAUAUCCCAGUUUGUAAUGGUAAACUCAGUACAGAUCCAACAGUUUGCUCUGGACAUGGAUCUUGUGUAGCUCCAUACACUUGUGUGUGCAGUACUGGAUAUGGUGGUGUCAAUUGUAAUCUCCCUAUUUGUGAUGGUAAGAUCAGUACAAAUCAAACAGUUUGCUCUGGACAUGGUGAUUGUUUUGCUCCAAACAAGUGUAACUGCAGCUCUGGAUGGAAAUCAGCAACCAAUUGCUCCUCCUUCUCAUGUGAUGAUGUUUCAUUGAAUAAUUGCUCCUUUGCUUUGGGAAGAGGUUACUGCUCUGGAAGUAAUAAUUGUACAUGCAAUGCUGGAUUUACUGGAUUGAAUUGUAGUAUUCCAGUAGUAGGUUCUGAAUGUUUGUGGACUAAUGUUCAAGCAUUUGGUGCUCCAAGUCCAAUUAUUUCAUCGAGCAUUGUUGGAAAGGCCAUUUCAUUUACAGUUUCGUACAAACUUGAUGCUGUUCCUUACGAACAUUUAUUCUUUGUUGGUGAAUCCAAGUUCAAGAAUUGUUCAGUGAAUGGAAAUCAAAGUAUCGCCUUGAAUUUGAUUGGUAAAUCUAAAUGUCAAGCCAUUUACUCAACUCCAGAAUUCACAAUUGAUGAUUUAAUCUCAAAUCCUCUCGUGAUUAAGCAAUACUCUUCAAAUAUGUUGGUUCUUAAGCUUCCUAUUUCCAUGAAUUACCUUGAUAGAGAUGGUUCUCAAAAUGGUGGAUUCUGUAGAUCAUACGAAUUCAAAACUUAUCAAUUAGUUUACAUUCAAUCUGGAACAGUAAUUGGAUCAUUCUCUCAGUAUAAUCCAAUCUAUGGCUAUGCAACUAAUGUUUAUCCACAAGAGGUAACAACUACAUCUAGUGGAAAGCUCUCUAUUUCAGUUGUAUUGAAAGCAACUAAUUUGACAUUGAAUUCGUUUACUUUCUUCAAUACUACAGCUGCUUAUUCCAUGCAAGUUACUGAAUCUACUUUUUUAUUCCAAAAUGGUGAUUCGAAUUUCUAUCAAAUUCAAUUCGAAUCCCUUACUACAUCCAAUGAUUAUAGAGCUCUUACCUAUUUCACUGGAACAUUCACUAGAAAGGGUGUUACAGACAUUACAACUAUAUAUUUCCCAAUCCAAAUCGAAUAUACCAUUGUUACCCCACCAACUGAAAAGAAUAUCACAAUACAGGGAUCAAUGUACUUGGCAGGAAAUGAUUGGUCUCCAAAAACAACCUUCAAAACAGGUGACAGAGUGUUUUCCAAUGUACAAUCAUCAACCUUUACAAGUUCUAGCUCACGUCUAGCUGUCACUGAUGCCUAUUUCUGCUGUUUCAAAGAGACAAUAUUCUCAUUGAUUUAUAAUCCAUCACUUGGUCAAUUUGGAUGCUCCAAAUUCAAUUCUUCCUCAAUGGAUGUCCAACAUUCAAUAAUUUCCAAUAAUAUUGCCAAUUCCAAAGUUUCCACAAUUAUUUAUCCAUCAAGUUCUAAUUAUGUUUCCACCUUUUCAUUUGCCCUUGAACCUUCUCUCUUCCCAUCAUCAAGUGCACAAGCAAGAUCUUGUUUCGUUCAGACAAAUAUUGGUUUGGCUUCAGUUUCAAAAAGAUCAUUACAAGAUGAAUUGGAUCAAGCUGAAGGUUUUGUAAUUUCCAAUUUUAUUGUAUCGAGUGACAAUGCACGUGCUGUAUCAUCAGCUCACUCACUCAAUUCAAGAAGUGGUUUACAAUGUUUGAUCUUGAUGUUGGUUGCUCUUGUCUGUGCUUUUUAUUGA